GGCCUCUCCUAUGCAAAGUGAACUUGGCAGGCACAUUUGCGUGUGUGUCUGCUUCCUUUCAACAUGUCUGCAGAAAAGUUGCUGCUAUGUUGCCUGCUUCUUCAAGGCUCCUUUGCGCUGUCAGGGAAUUUUUGGCACAUCACUGAUCUCCACUGGGAUGCGUCCUACGACUGGAGCAAGGAGCCCGCAAAAGUGUGUGACUCAAGCGGAUCCAAUCCAGCAGAGCAGGCAGGUCCGUUUGGCAACUAUGCCUGCGACUCCCCCUGGAACCUCAUUAACUCCUCCAUUUACGCCAUGAAGGAUAUUCUGCCCGACCCAGAUUUCAUUGUGUGGACAGGAGACGACACGCCGCACGUUCCCAAUGAGAAGCUGGGCGAGGAAGCCGUUCUGCGCAUAAUCGGCAACCUCACCCAAAUCCUCCAAAACGUUUUUCCAGGAACCAAGGUGUACUCUGCCCUGGGUAACCAUGACUACCACCCCAAGAGCCAGCUUCCCAGUGGUUACAACAACAUCUACAACCAAACGGCCAAAAUGUGGGAGCUCUGGUUGGAGCCAGCGUCACAGGAAACCUUCAAAAAAGGCGGCUACUACACAGAAAGACUUUUGAAUCGGCCAGGUUUCAGGAUGUUGGUGCUCAACACAAAUCUCUACUACAACCGCAACAUGGUCACCGAGAACGAUGCGGAUCCGGCCAAGCAGUUUGACUGGGCGGAUGGCGUUCUCACAAAGGCGGCCGGCGACAAAGAGAAGGUGUACAUCAUCGGCCACGUCCCUCCGGGGAUGUUUGAGAAGAAGAGGCGCACGCCUUGGUACAGGCCGCAGUUCAACAAGCGCUACCUGGAAUUGAUUCAGAAGCACCACGCAGUCAUUAAGGGACAGUUCUUUGGCCACCACCACACCGACGCCUUCCGCAUGUUCUACGACACCAAAGACUCCCCCAUCAGCACCAUAUUCGUCAGCCCGGGGGUGACGCCGUGGAAGACCACACUUCCCGGAGUCAAGAACGGUGCCAACAAUCCUGGCAUUCGCAUCUUUGAAUACAACGGCACAACGCUUGUGGUUCAAGACGUGGUGACGUACUAUCUGAACUUGACGCGCGCCAACAAGGGCCAGGACCGCUGGGAGAAGGAGUACCGGCUGACCGAGAGCUUCCAGGUGGCCGACGCCUCUCCGGCCUCCAUGCAGAAGGUCCUGGAGAGCAUCUCCAAAGACCACUGCAGCCUGCAGCGGUACUACCGCUUCAACUCGGUCAACUUUGACCUGAGCGAGUGCGACAAAGGAUGCCGCGCGGAUCACGUGUGCGCCACGCGCGAGGUCGACUACCAAAGGUACGAGCGCUGCGUGGCCACGGAGGCGGCGGCCGGCAGCCUCGGGGGAGCCCCGCUGAGCGUCGUCGGCGCGGCCGCCGGCGUCCUGUUGCUUUUCGCUCGGCAGUAGUUGGCGAUUUGCACGGAUGGCCCGUUCGAGGAAUAUCCUCCUAAUAAUCACAAAUGUAAAUGAUUUUGUUGUAGGUAGCCGUGUGUUUCUUGUUGGCACUUCCAACCGAAUCUAAAAACAUUGUCGCAACAAUCCCACAGCAGAGUAAGACAUCGACUACAGUAAUGUUCACCCAAUUUCCUUUUCCAUUAUCUCAGUUAUUUAUUUUAUACUUCCACUUGUAUUUCACUUGAGUUGUACAGGUCAUGAAGGGUUGGUUUCAUUUUUUGUCCAUAUCGCGUG